GCCUGAGUGUAAGUUUUAAUUUAAUGGAGGGUAAAUUUGUAUCGCAUUUAACUUCUGCAGCCAGAGGAGGAGGAAAAACUGUUUCAAGAAUUUGCCAGCUGAACACCUGGUGUGUAGGGCUGUGCCCAGGCCCUGGAGGAAUCUAGCAACAGCUGACCUGGGAAGUUUCAGACUUCAUGAAUCUUGCUGUAGUGGCUCUUCAUUGAGAAGGCGCAUCUAUGAGCUGUGUUCCAACUUCUUGCAAAGCACAAUAAUGAAGUGUGUUAAGCAUAGACAGUUGUGUGGCAACUGCUUGAAAAUCAUGAAGACAGGAUAUCUCCUACUGAGGAAGCACAGAAUAACAGGUCUGCAGCUUGGGGACGAUGAUGCAGGUCACUGCUACAAAGUAAUGCUUGGAUGCACACCUGGUUCAGUGUGAUAGCUCCCUCAAAGCUACUAGUAAUUUUAGGAUUGAUAUUCUCAAAUUGCACAAUGAAGCUGUUACAGAGAACAGAACAACAAGGAGAAAGGAAAGAAUAAGAAGCUCAGCUGCAGGAAAGGUUGCCUCUGCUGAUUCUUCCUCCCACUCCCUCUGAGGAUGGACUUAUUCCUCCCUUAAUUUAUCAGAUAUUCAUUCAAUGGUAGUGAUGUUGCUCUCACAAACCCAGAACUGCAUACCUAUGUACAUUAAUAACUACAAGAUCAGAUCAUGACUGUCCAACUGCAGUCUCUUGGAAGCUACAAAGUUAACAGAAGAAUUCUUCAGGUUUGCACAGUGCGUCUACCCAAAGGAACAAGUGUAAGUCUGCCUGGUGCUGACCAUGUCUGUGUAUUUGGAAGCCCUGAAACCAACUAUGGUUGGAGGAGAUGGAGAUAGAAUCCAGGAAGCCUGAGCAUGCUUCUGGCUCUGGAGGGCUGCAACACUAUUGCAUGAAGUCUUGUUGGACCAAUGCUGUGCUGAUAUCAAUCUGUUUUCUACUUAUGCAACAGUUAGGGGUGGGGGGGAUAAUUGCGUCUCACAGAUAUUUGGGAAAUUUUUUGUGAGGGUCCCUGGUCUGGGAGGAAAGAAAAUUGUCCUUUGGUGCAGAGGAAACUGGGUAAUGUAUUUCAGGCUAGAAAAUCUCUUCAUUCCUAGUGUGUGCUAAGGUGUUACUAGACGUGUCAGCACAGCCACUGCACUGAUGGCAGCCUGACCUGCUAGUGAGCAAGAAGAGGCAUGUGCAUGUGUGUUUGCUGGUGGAAACUUGACUUUCACCAAAUUUCUAUGAAACAGAGUUAAGGAUUCACUUCAGCUGUGCCUGUCAUUCCCGUUGUGUGCUGACUUUCAAAGCAACAUUUUCAAGGGCUUUUUUUUUUUUUUUUUAAGUGGGGAUUUUUAAAUCUCCUCUAUCUUUCUUUUCUCUUUCCGUGGGAUGGGUAGUUAUUUAACAGCUUUCUGUUUGUAUCCUGGACUAAAUGAAAGAAGUUUUGCUCCGGAAAUUCUGGAUUUACUCUUAGGCGUGCCGCUAGAUAGAAUUGGAAGGAAGAAUUAAGGGAAUAAAAGAACAAAAAAAACCCACCCAAAAUAACAAUAACAACAACAACAAAAAACACCAAAAAAAAAAAAAAAAACCCUGACACCAGCAGACUUUUUUCGUCGCUGUUACAAAGACCUUAGCACAGGAUAUCUGAGCCCAGCUUAGGACGUGGUUCCAUUCCACCCUAUCAUGGCUACUUCUGUUUUCACAAGAAAACUGCUGCUUGCCUCCCUGCAGGAUUGGGUGUGAUGAUCUCAGGCCUGACUUCCCUCUCAGUGCUCUCCUCUCUUCCAUCUGGUGGCAUUGACCUGUCACUUGCUGUGCUCUGAGUUCCUGGCAAGGAGAGAGGUCAGUGUCAGGCAAACACACGAAUGUCCUUGCUGUGAAAACUGCUGCACAUACAUCUAGUUUAUCUCUUGUUUCAAGGUUUGCUGGAGAUAAGAUGCUUUGUGGUUUGUUUGUUUGGAUCACUGGUUUGCCUGCUGCACCUCUUGAUGGUGCCUGAGAAGUGAAGGCAGGAUUGGGCACAGGAUGUGAGUGCAUGGAGCGAGGAACAUUUUCCAGCUAAUUCUCAUUCUUAUACUUCAGAUUUUUUUCUCCUGUAUGGAGUGAUUAAAAAGUCAAAUUUCAAAAGUUGUUGCCUAUGCCAGCUAGUAUUAUAUUAUUUCAUUAAAAAACUUGAUUAAAUCAAGCAUCCUAAUGAAUGGUGAACUGUUAAUUGGAGGGACAAUUCAGGAUCCUGAGAUGAGAGCUGUUCUCACACUCCGCAAAAAAAAAAACCAACCAAACAAACAAAAGAAACCCAACCAAAACUGAAACUGUCCACUGCGGAGUUUUGUUUCUCAGGCAAAGUGAUUUACCCUGGAGCAGAGCAACACUAUACUGAUGUCACUGUUUCAGGAAACAAACUGGAAGUUUCCUCUCUGGAAGCUUCACAAGCAUGAAAUAUCAGUUACUGUGAAAUGCGAUACCUAUCUGUGCCUCUGUGGCACUUUUCAACGGAGAAUUUAACAACUGAAAGAACCGUGGCUGCUUUUUGUGACUGUCCUAGGAAGUGUAUGAAUGAAUAUUUGCAUUCUGCAGCUGGGAGCCUGCAGUACUGGGGAACGAUGUAGCCAGAUGUUGUCCAUGUCAGGAGGAUGUCUGAGUAAGUCUGCCUUUCACCCUGUUUGUGUAAGAACUGAUUGGGCCCCCACGUGUCUUCACAAGGCACCAUCAUUCAGGCCUUCAGUGUUUCCAUUACUCUACUUUUCCAAUAGUCAGUUUGUUACCAUCUCCCUGUCCCCUAAUAUAGUUAGACACUGCACUGAACACUGCUCCUAAAAUUUGGAUUUAGGGCUAGUUCCUGUAAGGGAAGUCUGGAAGGCAAAACAAGAGGAAUCUUCCUCGGGGACUGAUGUGAGGAAAUGAUGCUUGUUACAGUACUUUGCUCAGUACCCCUGAGUGCCCUGUUACAACCAGAAGUGGGCUGGAGAGCAGCAAGAUUCAUGCACAACUCCUCCCGCUCCUCCUCCCUCCCCAGAGAGGCUGUCCUUACUUUUUUCUAUUCCCCCCUCCUCCCCCCCACCAUAUUUAUAACUCUUACUCUAGCUUGCCUUGCAACAGAAGACAUCCCAGGAAAUCCCAAAGAAAGACCUCAGUAGCAUGAUAGCUCAAGGCAUCUCGGGGCUCAUGCGACCCUUGUUAAGUGGACUGAAAGUGAGUAAAACUCACUUUGUUUAUUUCUGUGAGGUGACUGGGCAGAAUUGCUUACGAUCAAAGCAGACGUCAAGAAGAGGCUUCAGCUCCACAUGCAAGCUCCAGUGUUCUCCUGGGGAAUCGAGCUCGGCAGAUUCAGUGACAGUGCAUUUUAUAAAUCGGGAUGGAGAGCGACUCACAACCACGGCCAAAGAAGGGGAGAGUCUGCUGGAGGUGGUAGUCAACCAAAACUUGGCCAUUGAUGGAUUUGGUGCAUGUGAAGGGACAUUAGCUUGCUCCACCUGCCACCUCAUCUUUGAGAAAGAUGCCUUUCAAAAGCUGGAUGCCAUCUCAGAUGAAGAGAUGGACAUGUUGGACUUGGCAUAUGGACUCACAGAGACAUCUCGCCUUGGAUGCCAGGUGCGCAUUAAGAAGUUGAUGGAUGGUCUGACAGUGCAGGUCCCCGUGGAAGUAUCAGAUAUUAGGAGUCAGCUGGAGGUUGGAAAGCAAAGCAAGCAGUAACCCGAAACAGUUCCUUCACAACCUGCCUCCUUAGGUGUGGAGGGACACUUUGCUUUAUGUUAACACCAGUACUCUGCAGCUGGUUUACGGUAGACAAUAGAAGUCUGGUUUAGUAUAUAUAACUGUUCAGCAAAUCUCUUAUUUAAACAAGGCUUAAUGCUAGGAUUUUCAACAUAAGUUUUAAAUAAGUGCUUAAGUGCUCUCAUGAGCACAACUGGAUGAAAACAUGUGGCUUUACAAUUCCCUGGUAGCAGUAAACAUUUGUACUGUGUAUAACUCAUCUCCUUUUAAAUUUAAGUAUUCCACUAUUCUAUGUAGCUACUGGGAAUUCUGUGAUGUUCUGUUACUUAACUGCAGAGCAGAUUUUUCCCAAUUUGGGAAGCUUGAGAAGAGAUAGCUGUUCCAAAAGCAAGACUGUGCUACUUGGCUUGAUGACAUCGACAAUCUUAGUCUGCUUAGCAGGAGCAUUUGAAUGCAUGUCACUGAAUUGUUAUGUGCCAUGAUAUGCUAAUUUCUCUAAAUAACACAUUUUCUCAUUAAUGUAUUGCAGCGUACAUAAAAUAAAAUCCUAAUAAUCAGGCUUUUAGGUCUGUAAAUAUGCUUUUCUUGUAACAUCAGUCUGGUUGCAGUAGAACUAGUGUAGGGGGAAUUUAGAUGUAGUAACCUACUGUCCCAGUUACCAGUGUUUUCCCCUUGUUUUAGGUGGCAAGGUUGACAUGUUUGCUCAGAAUGGUGUAGAGAAUCCAUGACAUGUAAUCAAAUGUAGCGGAAAUGCUAAGUCAGAACCUGAUGGAGCACCUGGUGGGAAAGCAGGGCCAGUUCAGGAGAGCUCAAAUGCAAGCAAUGCAGCUGAUGAUGGAAGGGAUGGAGCCAGAAUCCACCCCUUCCCAUUUAAGGGCUGGCAGUGGAGGUGA